AUGCCAACUACCUUGCCGCCUUUGAAGAUCGUGUAUGCUACUCCCUGGUUUGGCACUAGAAAAUUCAUGGAAGACCAGAAAAUCAGCGCAAAAGAAUGCCCCAUACCAGAUGAUUUCGACAUUGAUACAAAUGAAAGUCAUUGGUGUACACUGACAAGCACAACGGAUGAUAUGGAGGAUGCUGCUGCCUUGAUAUUCCAUGCGCCAGAUACAAUGCUAUUCAAAUUGCCAGAUCAUACCACCAAUCAGCCCUGGAUAUUGGAGUCAUUAGAAACGCCAUUUUCAAGUUUAUUCAGAGCAGAUAAGGACAUCAUGACCAAGUUCAACUAUUUGGCUUCAUAUCAUUUCAAAUCCACCUUCUUAUUCUCGUAUUUUUCACCUGCGAUCAUGGAUGUCGUGAACAGACCACUUCCCAGGGACUUUAUCAAAACAAAAACCAAAUCUGCACCUAUUUUAUGGAUAGCCAAAAACUGCAGAGCAACCAAUGGAAGAGAGAAAUACAUUGAAAAGCUCAUGGAAUACGUGGAUGUGCAUAGUUACGGUGAUUGCUUAAACAACAAGCCAUUUCCAUCUGACAAGUCCCGCACAGAUCUCAUCGCGGAAUACAAGUUUUAUUUGUCCAUUGAAAACUCUAAUUGCCAAGAUUAUGCCACUGAAAAGUUAUAUGAUACCUUGGCCUUAUCAGCGGUGCCUAUUGUGGAUGGACCCGCUAGCUACGCUGGCUAUAUACCAACAAACCGCUCUGUCAUCUACAUGGAUGCGUAUCCCGAUCCAAAGGACUUAGCAGAUUACAUUAAUUAUUUACACAACAACGAUACAGCUUAUUUAGAGUACCUGUCAUUCAGACAACACGCCAUUGACGUUGCACCAAAAAAUAGACUAGAACCUGAAUUCAUUAGUCGCUGGAAUGAUACCAUGGACUUCAACCAAAAAUCAAGCUACUGCUCUGUGUGUCGUGGUGUGUUACCUUGGUGGUCAUACAAAAGUGAUCCAAAUCAAAAGCUUACCUACCAUGACCCAAAUGAAGCCAACCUCUUCUUGGUGGACGAUACUUGUUCUGCCUCGGGAAAGUGGAAUUAUAUUGCGGAUGGUCCCCCUUAUCAGCCCAAGUGGACGCCCAGACCUCGAGACGAAUUCACUCGGCCCAACUCAACAUUACAGGAAACGACAGAGACUACUGCCAAUGACACGUUGACAGCCAUAGAUUCAAGCCAAACACAGAAUGCACAAGACAUUGCCUAUAGAGUUUUAGUGGCUAAUGUUUCUUUCAUUGCCUUGUUUUUCGUAUUUAUUGUAUUUUUAUAUAGAGAAUCUAAAAAGCAUUAA